CUCCUCUCGGAGAGAGGGCUGUGGUAAAAGCCGUCCGGAAAAUGGCCGCCGCCGCCGCCACCGCGCCAAGCGGAGGAGGAGGAGGAGGCGAAGAGGAGAGACUGCUCCAUAAAAGUACAGACUCACCAGUUCCUGCUUUGAUGUGACAUGUGACUCCCCAGAAUACAUCUUGCUUCUGUAGACCAGCUCCAACAGGAAUCCAUGGUAGCUGGGAUGUUAGGGCUCAGGGAAGAAAAGUCAGAAGACCAAGACCUUCAGGGCCUCAAGGACAAGCCUCUGAAGCUAAAGAAGUUGAAGAAGGAUAAAAAAGAAGACAAAGAGGGCAGACAUGAGCCUCUGCAGCCAUCCACCCACCACUCUGCUGAGCCAGCGGAGGCCGGCAAGGCAGAGACAUCUGAAGGCUCAGGCUCAGCCCCUGCUGUCCCUGAGGCCUCGGCCUCCCCAAAGCAGCGGCGCUCCAUCAUUCGUGACCGGGGACCCAUGUAUGAUGACCCCACCCUACCUGAAGGUUGGACACGAAAACUCAAGCAGAGAAAAUCCGGCCGUUCCGCUGGGAAGUAUGAUGUGUAUUUGAUCAACCCCCAGGGCAAAGCCUUCCGCUCUAAAGUGGAGCUGAUUGCAUACUUCGAAAAGGUAGGCGAUACCUCCCUGGACCCUAAUGAUUUUGACUUCACGGUCACGGGGAGAGGGAGCCCUUCCCGCCGAGAGCAGAAACCACCUAAGAAGCCCAAAUCCCCCAAAGCUCCAGGAACUGGCCGAGGUCGGGGCCGGCCCAAGGGGAGUGGCAGUGCACGGCCCAAGGCGGCGGCAGCGGUGGCGGCGGCUGAGGGCGUGCAGGUGAAAAGGGUCCUGGAGAAGGGCCCCGGGAAGCUCCUGGUCAAGAUGCCUUUCCAAGCUUCUGCAGGUGGCAAGGCCGAAGGCGGUGGGGCAACCACGUCCACCCAGGUCAUGGUCAUCAAACGCCCUGGCAGAAAGCGAAAAGCAGAAGCUGACCCCCAAGCCAUUCCCAAGAAGAGAGGCCGGAAGCCAGGGAGUGUGGUGGCAGCCGCUGCUGCUGAGGCCAAGAAGAAAGCCGUCAAAGAGUCUUCCUUCCGGUCUGUGCAGGAGACCGUGCUUCCAAUCAAGAAGCGCAAGACCCGGGAGACUGUGAGCAUCGAGGUCAAAGAAGUGGUAAAGCCCCUGCUGGUGUCCCCUGUGGGUGAGAAGAGCGGGAAAGGACUGAAGACCUGCAAGAGCCCUGGGCGGAAGAGCAAGGAGGGCAGCCCCAAGGGCCGUGGUGGCACCUCCUCACCCCCCAAGAAGGAGCACCAUCACCACCACCACCGCGCCGAGUCCCCCAAGGCCCCCAUGCCACUGCUGCCGCCCCUGCCCUCACCUGAGCCCGAAAGCUCCAAGGACCCCAAAAGCUCCCCCGAGCCUCAGGACUUAAGCAGCAGCAUUUGUAAAGAGGAGAAGAUGGCGCGCGGAGGCUUACUGGAGAGCGAUGGCUGCCCCAAGGAACCAGCUAAGACUCAGCCCGCAGUUGCUCCUGCCGCCACAGCCGCUGAAAAGUACAAACACCGAGGGGAGGGCGAGCGCAAAGACAUUGUUUCAUCCUCCAUGCCAAGGCCAAACAGAGAGGAGCCUGUGGACAGCCGGACGCCCGUGACAGAGAGAGUUAGCUGACUUUCAACCGAGGGGAUUGAAAAAGCAAACCAACAAGAAUAAAGGCAGCUGUUGUCUCUUCUCCUUAUGGGUAGGGCUCUGACGAAGCUUCCCGAUUAACUGAAAUAAAAAAGAAUUUUUUUUUCUUUCAGUAAA